UUCGUGGAGAAUCGCGUCUCGGCCAUCCUCCAGCUCUCGCGCGCGGACCAGUGGCGGCACGUCAGGGGUGAGGAGAACCCGGCGGACCUCGGCACAAGAGGUAUGUCUCUCGAGUCACUGGCGAAGAGUGCCAUGUGGUGGCACGGACCGAAGUUUAUCGUUGAUGGCGUGGACACUGUUGAUGUGUUGCCUGUUCCAGCUGAGCCCAGCGCUGACGCGAUUCAGGAGCUGAAGCCGACCAAGACUGGUGAGUCGAGACGUGUGGAGGCCUGCACUGUGAGUCGGGACUCAGAGCGGCCGCCGACCGUAUCCCUGUUCGAUGUGACUGAAUGUUCGUCGUUGAAGCAGGCGGUGAACCGCUACGCCUGGGUAUUGAGGUUCGUUGACAAUGCCCGCAGACCCCGAGCGGAGAGAGAGAGGAUUCUUCGCAGCUGACCACCGAAGAGAGGAGGCGCGCACUGCGGCUGCUGAUCGGGGAAGCGCAAGAGAGGCACUUCGGAUUGGAGCUCGAGGCUCUCCGCGCUUGCCAACCUCUCCCGGGCACCCGCGUGACGCUCGCUGUAGCUGCCGCAGAGUACAUGGUGAGGCGGCGAGCUGUUCGCCGUGUCGUCGACACCUGCACCCGAUGCCGGAGAUACCGCGGCCUGCCGUACCGAUCGCCGGAGGGUGCGCUGCCGACGUUCAGGACCCAGCCUGCACGACCGUUCUCCAAAGUGGGAGUUGACUUCAUGGGGCCACUGUAUGUGGACGGGCACCAGAAGAAGGUAUGGAUUUUGUUAAUCACCUGUGCCACCUCACGAGCAGUACACCUAGAACUCGUCCGCUCUCAAGCGUCGUCUGACCUCAUCAUUGCAUUAAGGCGCUUCUUUGCACUGCGAGGCACCCCCAUUCUGGUCUACAGCGAUAACGCUCGCACCUUUCACGCGCUGACCGGUCACCUUCCCCACUCUGUGACGUGGAAGUUUAUCCCCGAAUCGGCCCCGUGGUGGGGGGGAUAUUGGGAACGACUUGUAGGAGUUACCAAGAAGGCUCUGAGAAUAACACUGCACCUGUGCCAUCUCAGCUUCGAGGAGCUGUCGGUUACUCUAUAUGAGCUGGCUUUUGCGAUCAAUUUGCGACCUCUCACUCAGGAUGACGGAGAGAAUGUUCUCACACCCGCCCACUUCUUGUUCGGUGUUACUGCUAUCAAUGGGGUUCUCUGUCCAUCUCUGAACGAGUCUCCAAUCACCAGGGCCUGGAGACAUCGGAGGCGAGUGUGCGACCACCUCAACCGGCGAUGGAUAUCUGAGUACCUGAGUGCCCUGCGGUGCUGGAGCACCUCUCCGCGCGGCCGGCCGAGUCGUGUCCCCGGCGUCGGCGACGUCGUCCUGGUGCGAGACGAGGGGCCGCGCGGUGGGUGGCCGCUGGCCCGCGUCGCCGAGCUGCUGCGUGGGCCGGACGGGCAGGCUCGCGCCGCGGUGAUAGUGCUGCGCGGCAGGACCACGCGGCGCCCUGUCAACAAACUCUACGCGCUGGAGGCCGCCGGCGAGUAGGCCUGCGAUGGUGACUGUUAGCGCGCCGCUCGCAGUGAAGUGUUGUGUUUUGUUGUGUUUGAAGUGCCUGUUUUACCGCGUGCAAUUGUAACCGGUUUUCGAAGUUCAUAGAACUUCGAGUGGGGAGAAUGUUAUGAAUUCGUAGUCUUGUUCCUUUUUUUACCUUCACCCGUGCGUAUACUAAUGUAACCUACCUUUCCUACCCCAGUAAAACUUUCCUUUAUUUGCCCGCCCUUUUCCUGAAUCCUUCACAAUUAGGUUGUGACGUAACGCUUACAUUUUUCACCGAGCCGAUUUCGUUUUGUUUUGAUCCGCCCAUCUCAGAAUGCUACCGUCGAGGCUGCCGAGCGCGUCAGUGCACUGUUCGUUGCGUUACCGAGUUGUCACCGUCAAGCAACCAGCCGCCGCAAGAAUAUACCCCAGAGGAAAUAUUUUGUUUGCCCAC